GAGGGCGGGGGCGGGGCGCGGCCGCGGCUCCGUUUCCGGUGGCUGGUUGCGCUCGCUCACCCCAGCUGCAGCCACUCUCUCCCGUGGCUGCUUCCUCCAUCCUGGUAUUUUUUGGAGCCUCCAUCCUGGUUCUUCCAAAGUGCCCGGACCCAAAACAGGAAAGUAUUGCAGAUGCACAGGCAUGGAGGAGAAACAAUCUGGAUAACCUGAGUGAUGCUGCUGCCAAAGCACAGAGGCGUGGUUCUAUGGGAAGGGCUGUAGCUAAUCCAUUCGUGGUCUAGAUUUGAGUAUGAGCACAGUGGAAGAGGAUUCUGACACAGUAACAGUAGAAACUGUGAACUCUGUGACGCUUACUCAGGACACAGACGGGAACCUCAUUCUGCAUUGCCCUCAGAAUGACCCUGAUGAAAUAGACUCAGAAGACAGUACUGAACCUCCACAUAAGAGGUUGUGUUUGUCCUCUGAGGAUGAUCAGAGCAUCGAUGACUCUACACCAUGCAUAUCGGUUGUGGCACUCCCACUUUCAGAAAAUGAUCAGAGCUUUGAGGUGACCAUGACGGCAACUACAGAGGUGGCAGAUGAUGAACUUUCUGAGGGAACUGUGACACAAAUUCAGAUUUUACAGAAUGAUCAACUAGAUGAAAUAUCUCCAUUGGGUACUGAGGAAGUUUCAGCAGUUAGCCAAGCAUGGUUUACAACUAAAGAAGAUAAGGAUUCUCUCACUAACAAAGGACAUAAAUGGAAGCAGGGGAUGUGGUCCAAGGAAGAAAUUGAUAUUUUAAUGAACAACAUCGAGCGCUAUCUGAAGGCUCGCGGAAUAAAAGAUGCUACAGAAAUCAUCUUUGAGAUGUCAAAAGACGAAAGAAAAGAUUUCUACAGGACUAUAGCGUGGGGGCUGAACCGGCCUUUGUUUGCAGUUUAUAGAAGAGUCCUGCGCAUGUAUGAUGACAGGAACCAUGUGGGAAAAUACACUCCUGAAGAAAUUGAGAAGCUCAAAGAGCUCCGGAUAAAGCAUGGCAAUGACUGGGCAACAAUAGGGGCGGCCCUAGGAAGGAGUGCCUCUUCCGUCAAGGACCGCUGCCGGCUGAUGAAGGAUACCUGCAACACAGGGAAAUGGACAGAAGAAGAAGAAAAGAGACUUGCAGAGGUAGUUCAUGAAUUAACAAGCACGGAGCCGGGGGAUAUCGUCACACAGGGUGUGUCUUGGGCAGCUGUAGCUGAAAGAGUGGGUACCCGCUCAGAAAAGCAAUGCCGUUCUAAAUGGCUCAACUACCUGAACUGGAAACAGAGUGGAGGUACUGAAUGGACCAAGGAAGAUGAAAUCAAUCUCAUCCUAAGGAUAGCUGAGCUUGACGUAGCCGAUGAAAAUGACAUAAACUGGGAUCUUUUAGCUGAGGGAUGGAGCAGUGUCCGUUCACCACAGUGGCUUCGAAGUAAAUGGUGGACCAUCAAAAGGCAAAUUGCAAACCAUAAGGAUGUUUCGUUUCCUGUCUUAAUAAAAGGUCUUAAACAGUUACAUGAGAACCAAAAAAACAACCCAGUGCUUUUGGAGAAUAAAUCAGGAUCUGGAGUUCCAAACAGUAAUUGCAAUUCCAGUGUACAGCAUGUUCAGAUCAGAGUCGCCCGCUUGGAAGAUAAUACAGCCAUCUCUCCAAGCCCCAUGGCAGCGUUGCAGAUUCCAGUCCAGAUCACCCACGUCUCUUCAACAGACUCCCCUGCUGCUUCUGUUGACUCAGAAACAAUAACACUAAACAGUGGAACACUACAAACAUUUGAGAUUCUUCCAUCUUUCCAUUUACAGCCCACUGGUACUCCAGGCACCUACCUUCUUCAAACAAGCUCGAGUCAAGGCCUUCCCCUAACCCUGACCACAAGCCCCACAGUAACCCUGGCAGCGGCUGCUCCUGCUUCUCCUGAGCAGAUCAUUGUUCAUGCUUUAUCUCCAGAACACCUGUUGAACACAAGCGACAAUGUCACAGUUCAGUGUCACACACCAAGAGUCAUCAUUCAAACGGUUGCUACAGAGGACAUCACUUCUUCACUAUCCCAAGCAGAACUGACAGUUGACAGUGAUCUUCAUUCAUCUGAUUUUCCUGAGCCUCCAGACGCACUAGAAGCAGACACGUUCCCAGAUGAAAUUCCUCAGCCUAAGAUGGCUAUACAACCAUCAUUUAAUAAUGUUCACGUGUCUAAAUUCAGCGACCAAAAUAGCACAGAACUGAUGAAUAGUGUCAUGGUCAGAACAGAGGAAGAAAUCGCCAACACUGACCUUAAGCAGGAAGAACCGCCUUCUGACUUAGCCAGUGCUUAUGUUACUGAGGAUUUAGAGUCUCCCAGUAUAGUACACCAAGUUCAUCAGACAAUUGAUGAUGAAACAAUACUUAUUGUUCCUUCACCACAUGGCUUUAUCCAGGCAUCUGAUGUUAUAGAUACUGAAUCUGUCUUGCCUUUGACAACACUAACAGAUCCUAUACUCCAGCACCAUCAGGAAGAAUCGAAUAUAAUCGGGUCAUCUUUGGGCAGCCCUGUUUCAGAAGACUCAAAGGAUGUUGAGGACUUGGUGAACUGUCACUAGAUUAUUGAGGAGCCACAUUGUGACUACACCGUCUCCAAAGAAAGGAGCCAUCCCAAGAGUUUUGGUUUGCCAUUCCUCUGGCUUGUGCGUAGCUGCCGUGCUUAAGCCAUGCACAUUGUUGCUGCUGUCACUUUUACCUCCUUUUAAGUAGAUCAUCUGAGGUCCAAUUUUAUAACAAUGUGUUAUGAUGGAGGACAGGAAGUGUGAAUUGCCCAGACUUGUUAAGUUUUGUGUCAAGAGGGGGUUGCAGUCACUGCAGCUACUUACAUCACCAAAGCGUAACUACUCUGGUUUAAGUAUUAGCAGUAAUACUCAUCUCCACAGUUAGACACCGAGCUCUGUCCUCACUCAAGCUGCUCUGGUUAUAAUCCAGGUUAUAUUAGCCACAUGGUCCAGUUUAUAUUAGCAGUGAUGACAUGACCAGCAUCCAAAUGCAACAUCAUGGGAGUUGGAUGCGAUGGUUAACCCAUUGCUGGCAGUGGGAGCUGACUGAGGCAGGGUAAAGAGCAAAGCAUUACAGAGUCAAGAAAAUUCACUACAGGUCUUUGAUUUUUAACUUUUAAAGGGAAUGUGGUUAAGGUGGUAACAACGCACUGGUAACAAAGCGUUAUCAACCCUCAUCAGAAACCAGUCAUUAGUUUACAGUUAGCACUUGGAAGUGAAAUUAAAUGAGGGGAAAGGUAACAUUGCCUGUAUCUGAUAACCAUGACUUUUUAUUACACGUUUUACUAUAUAAAUUGCCCAGAAGAUAGUUGAGGGGUAUUAGAGUAUGCUGGUCACUUAGUGCAUUACCUGGUGGGGGUACAGUAUAGCUUCUCCCUCAGGCACUUUUAAAAAACAAAGUUUGCUUCUGUAUCAAAAGAAAACAAAUCAAGAGUCAUUCCUAAGGUAAACCCGAAACUAGCCUGUAGGGCUUUAAUGAUAUGAUCCUUAUAGAAAAGUCCAAAAAAAAAAAAAAAAAAAGGAAACUUGUAUAAAUUAUUUUAUUUAUUAUUGUAAUUAGAUCUUCACAAUCAAAGUUGUCUUUUCACCAUCUGUUUAUUAAUGUGAAACUAUAGUAAUAAGCAAAAGUUGGUUGCCUAGGGAACAAUAAUUGUAUAUUCAGUUUAACAGAAAUAAAAGAGUAUUUGUCUUAAAAUGCAAGAUUUUGAGCCAUGCAAUUAAAUUGU